AUGGUUCAACGCUACACUUUUCAUUGUCAUCAGUGUAAUUCAUUUGAUAUUUGUAAUAUUAAAAAGGAUAAUAAUAAUAAUAAUAAUAAUAAUAAGGUACAGUACUGGUCAAAUGAAUCAACAUGGAGAUUAAAUAAUAUUGGUAGUGGUAGCAGUAAAGAGGGGAUUGCAUCCUAUCCUAAAAUGGGAUCAAAGGUGAAUAUAACCAUACCAAUAGUAUUGGAUAUUUCACCACCUCCAUUGGAUUUAAUAGAGAUUGUAAAUGGAGGAUCGUUGAUUUGGGAUGAUAGCAGAGAUGGUAUAGAAUUGGUGGUUGGAUCCAUUCUAAUAUAUGACAAUGGGUCUCUGAUAAUAGGCGCUGAAGAAUGUAAAUACCAACAUAAAACAACGAUCACCUUGACUGGCUAUUCACAGUACACCGAAGAGAAUAGAACUAUCCACGGUCACUCAUUUGGUCAAAAAGUAAUUGCAGUGUCUACAGGUGGCACAUUGGAACUCCACGGUCAAGAACCAACUCCAACUUGGACAAAACUUGCCAAAACCAUAGAUAGUUUACAAUCAUCCAUGUUUAGAAAAACAACCACCCCCGCCGUCUCUCCAAUCAUCACAUUGGCAACCAAAGUCAAAGGUUGGAAAGCUGGUGAUAAAAUAGUUUUGGCAAGUACUGAUUAUGAUCAAUAUCAAUCAGAAGAAAUUGAAUUGAUUCAAUGUGAUUCUUGUCUUGAAAAUCAGGUAAAAUUAAAAACUAUACCAAAAUAUAUGCAUUGGGGAGAUAUAUCAAAUAAAGUUGAUAUGAGAGGAGAAGUUGGAUUAUUGACAAGAAACAUUUUGAUUAGAGGAAGAUUGGAAGCAGAUCGGUGCCAAUCGACUGGUAUGGUUUGUGCUUUUUUCCCAAAUGAUACGUUUGGUGGUCAUAUUAUGAUUGUUGGAGGUUUCACCAAUGCUCAUAUCGAGGGUGUCCAACUAGUCAAUAUGGGUCAACCUCAUAUGAUAUCUAGAUAUCCAAUCCAUUUCCACCUUUGUUCAGAUGUUGAUAGUGUCGGUGGGUAUGCUCGUCCUGCGUACAUUCGAAACAGUGUCGUUCAACAAAGUUAUAGUCGAUGUUACGUCAUUCACAAUACACACGGUCUACUGGUUGAAAAUAACAUUGCCUUUGAUACGGUAGGUCAUUGUUACAUGACAUGUGACGGUAUCGAAUCGAGAAAUAUGAUACGAAACAAUCUUGGACUGCUCACCAAACCAGGACUACUCUUUCCAACCGACCGAAACUGUGAAAUGUGUAAUACUAUCUCCCCCUAUGACUUUAAUGGUCAGCCAACCAAUUGUGGAGGGUGUGAUGGUGUAUCGACCUUUUGGAUAUCAAACAGUAACAACUCGUUGGUUGGUAAUGCUGCGGGUGGAAGUGACGCUGUUGGUUUUUGUGAAGGGGACAUGCCCGAAGACCCUGGAUCAACAAGUACCAUCAGAGACUCUGUUUUUGUCGGAGAGUCGGACAACGUGGGACAAGCAUCAUCGUGGAUACCCGUUGGAAGAGGUCGAACCAAUCCAUUUGGUGAAGACUAUAACAUGCCAAUCCGCGGCUACGAGGUAUACGACGGCACCAACUUUAUCAUCAACUGCAUGUUUAUAAAUUAUCGACGAGACGAUUCUGCCAGGAAUCUCAGUGCCAUUGCAUGGUUUAGAUUCAAUGAUUGGCAAGUCAGUAGCAAGAGCUAUCUUGAACGUCUUCAAUUUAUCAAUGUUACUCGACGAUUCUACAUGGAGCAUUCAAUGGUAGAUGGCGACAAGACACAGACUAUAAUCGAUAGUGAUGGGUCGUCAACUGGAAUACCCGGGUCUGUUGUCACGCGAAACAUUCCAUUCUACCAAUCGGACCAAUGUGCCCAACGAGAUGAUUGGAAUGCCUAUCUCUGCAUUGAAACGACUAGACAACUCUAUGUAACCAAUUUAAGUCCAUCCGAAACCAUCUAUAAUGGCGUAGAGACAAUGGUAUCGCUUUGGAGAGAUGAUAACGAUGAUCCAGAUCCAGAUAGUGCUGUACUCUCAUUAUUUGGACUACCCAAACAUAAUCCAAGGAUUGAAUUCCUUUCAUUGCUCUACAAAGGUUACAAUUAUACAAUACACCAUAAUCAUCCAAUUCCACCACAUCUAUCGGUCAAAGCAAUCAAUUGGGAAGCUGGAGAAUCCAUGUUGAUUGGUGUAUGUCUUGGUCCAACCAUCAAUACCACGUCCAUCCAACUAACUAAAAUGAUUGGAGACACACCACAAUACAUUUUGUCACCAAUCAAUUCAAAAUCAUUGUUGACCAAUGACGAGCAUCAUUAUUUCUAUGACCAUGAUACUGGAAUGGUAUAUUUCUAUCUUGAACAAACCGAACAAAGACCAGGAUACUAUUAUUGUCCACUUCAAGGAUGUAGUCAAAUUCAAAUAGAUUCAACUUAUCUUGUACCAUCAACUGCCAUUUGUAAUACUGAAUUAAAUAAUAAUUAUUUAUUAGUAUUUGAUGAAAAAUUAAAUAGAAAAUUUUCAGGAUCAUCAUUUGGAGUUAGAAUCAUUGAUGAUAAAACCAAAUCAUUUAGAGGUAAUAAGGUUGCAUCAUUUAUACCAACAAGACAAGGUAAUGUGAUUAGGAUAAAAUGUGCAGAUGAAUAUCCUUGUUGUAUGGUACCAAAUAGCUUCAAGUACCUGGAGAUGUGGGUCAAUGGUGGUCAACCAGGAACAACAACUAGUCACCAUCUCUUGGUAUCUGUCACUUCAUUUGCAGGUCUAACAACCAUACCCAUCCCAAUAGACCAUUCAACCAUUAUCAAUGGUCAAUGGAUUAGACUGAGAAUUGAUUUUAAUCAAUUAACUUUACCAAUCACUAAAGUAGUCGACGACGACCACGAUAAAGACCAUAACUUUGAAAGAUGUCCAAUACGAUCUAUUCAACUAUAUGGUGAUCCAAAGUACAUCGAUACAAAUAAUAAUACUAAUAAUAGUAAUGAUAAUUUAAUCUACAUUGAUAGUAUUAAAUUAAUAUAUGAAUGA